AUGUCGUUCCCUCAAUCAUUCAAAGCCGCCAUUGUCCCUGAGCCCAAGGCCCAAAAUGUUAUUUCUGAUCGUACCCUCGGACCGCUAAAGGACGACGAAGUCGUGAUCGAAAUCCUCGCUACAGCUAUCAACCCAGUAGACUGGAAAAUGCGCGACUACAACGCCUUCAUCACCGAAUAUCCUGCUAUUCUAGGGUCCGAUGCCGCUGGACGAGUCGUGGCCGUGGGAUCGGCGGUCUCCGGGUUCGCUAUUGGCGACCGGGUCUUCUUCCAGGGCAUCAUCGGCACUUACGACUCCUCCACCUUCCAACAAUACUGCAAAAUGCCAGCUGCCUUGGUCGCGAAGACACCAGACAACAUUAGUGACGAGCAAGCUGCAGGGAUCAGUCUCGCGACCAUGGCUGCUGUCACUGCGUUUUACGACAAGGAAGGUUACGGGCUGAUUCCUCCUUGGGAGAAAGGGGGUACGGAGGCCGGUCGUGGCCACGCGAUCGUGAUCCUUGGUGGCGCUUCUUCUGUUGGUCAAUAUGCAAUUCAACUCGCCAGACUGUCUGGGUUUGAAAAUGUUAUCACCAAUGCGAGCAGUGCAAACUUCGACCUAUUGCGCAAGUUAGGGGCCCAUGUUGUUCUGGAUCGACACCAAGCGGAUGCGGGGUCUUUUGCGGAAGCAGUACAGGAUACGCCGCUGAUGUUUGUCUUUGAUGCUAUCUCAGUCAAGGCGACACAGAUUCUCGGUGUACAGAUUCUCCAGGCAACCAGGACAGCUAACAGCCAUGUCGUGACGGUGCAUACAGUCCAUCCAGAGACCACCGAUCAAGAGGCCGUCGCGCUUGGUCAAACCCAUGAGUUCAAAGUGGGGAUCAAGCAGGUUUUGGGUGUUGGUAGCGCCCCUCAUCUACGCUAUCUUAGUGAGCCUCUGGCGAGGAAUCUGGGCGAAUAUAUAGCUAAGGGACAAUUUAUUCCAAAUCGGACACGUGUGGUUCCCGGGGGAUUGACGGCGGUGGAACAGGCACUGUCUCUGAACAAGGAAGGGGUUUCUGGGGAGAAGGUUGUCUUUUGUCCGUCUCAGGAGUGA